AUGGCAGACCCACGAAGCCUCGAAGAAGAGCUACAGCUGGUUUCAGAGGAAGAUCGAAAGCAAUUUGAGAACCAUGGAUCCGAUCAUGAAACUAUCAAGGCAAUGACGGCAAGGUCGGUGGCUUGCGGUGGCCUCAUAAGGGACGUUGUGAUGGUGUAUGUUACAUUCAAAACUCAAUUUCUCAAGAAAAUUGAAAGAAUGGAGUUGGGCGGAAGAACUGCUCUAUCUGAACUUGCUCGCCGAGCCAGUCAAGUAUUUUCCGAGUCGGAAUGGAAGUUGUAUUGCGGCAGCCCAACUCUCUCCCAUCAAGAAUUCACCAGCUCUUCUUAA